AUGCCUUCUCGUCGCAAAGAACCUACCCCAACUGAAGCCGAUUCAGGCUCCGAUGUUGAGUUGAAUUUCAGCUUCAACUAUACACCAAACACAAGCGUACCGCAGGCUAUGGAAAGCAUCGACAGAUGGAAAUCGAAGCGGGCCGAGAUCCAGAAGGGCAUUGACAAGGAUUAUACUGAAAAGUUAGCCGGUCUAAAGAAUAAGAUUAAGAAGCAUUAUCAUGAUGAGACACUGAAAAUGUCCAACCAUAAUGAGCAGCAACUUCAGCGGUUAAUAGCAGCGCUCGAGAAACGAACAGCUUGCGAAGAGAAGAUCAAAAACCGGAUUGACUCUCUACGAGAUGACUGUGACCAUAUGGCCAUGUUGAUAGAUGCAAUCUAUGCCGGUCGCAAAGAAGCCGCCGCUCAGUCAGCAAAAGUUGCCAACGUAAAAACAGUUUCCAACUCAAAAACUAAGUAG